CUUUGGUGUUUGGAAUCUUCAUCAAACAUCAAAACACUCCCAUUGUCAAAGCCAACAACCAGAAUCUCACCUACACCCUGCUCAUCUCCCUCCUGCUCUGCUUCCUCUGCUCCUUGCUAUUCAUUGGGCGCCCCCAGUUACUGACCUGCAAUCUACGACAAACUGCCUUUGGUAUCAUCUUCUCAGUGGCUGUUUCUUCUGUUUUGGCUAAAACCCUCACUGUGGUUCUAGCUUUCAUGGCCACCAAACCAGGAUCCAAGAUGAGGAAAUGG